ACCCCUCCAUUUCAAGCAAAAUCUUGGUUCUCUUUUGCCUUCCCUAAUCCGAGUCCACCUGAUACUCAUCGGACUGAAGAAGAAAGCAUUAGAAAUUCUGGAAGUGUGUUCAUUAAGCAAAUCAAAUUAUUCAAAUUCAACUUCCCAGGAAUCUGCAUUUUUUCUCUCAUUGAUCGAUAUGAAGGAUGACGAUGCCCUUCCGACAAUGACGACGCCUAAUUGUAAGAAAGAGAGCUCCGAUUCGAGUCUCUUCGGUAAGGGCCGGUAUAAGUUCUGGGCAUUCGCCGCAAUUUUGUUGCUCGCAUUUUGGUCAAUGUUAACCGGUACAGUCACUCUCCGUUGGUCUGCCGGUAACCUCAACCGUCUCUCCGACGACCUCGAUAACCCCAUCCGCGACGAUCUCGACGUCCUUGAAAUGGAGGAGAGGGAGAAGGUGGUGAAGCACAUGUGGGACGUGUACACCAACAGCCGUCGGAUCAGAUUACCGAGGUUCUGGGAGGAGGCCUUCAAUGCUGCCUACGAGGAUUUGACCAGCGACGCCCCUGGUGUUAGACAGGCCGCCAUUACUGAGAUCGCUAAGAUGUCUGUGCGCUCCGUUCAUCUCGAUCCUCCUCCCGUCCAAUCAACGUUUAAGGAAAAUCCGUGUGCCAAGGAACUGAGUGAGCCAAGUUAUCUGCAUGUUUUGGUCAAUCCAUUCUGCUAGAGGGAGGACACACCUUGAAUUUUCACAGGUCAGAAUAUAUGAAAGUGAUGAAAGUGAUGAGCAUAUUGCAUGACUUUAAAGUGCUGUCUGGAGCUAUCCAACUAAUCACCACGUCUGUAUUUUAAAUAUGCUUUGUUACAAAUAAUCCAGCCAAAGUUAUAGGAAUUUGACCUAAGACAAUUCCAAAUAGCAAAACUUCAAUCAUUUCAAUUGUUUGAAAGGAGAAAGGGGAGGUAAAAUCUAUUCGUAAAUAUUAAUUCAUAUUGCACAUGAAUCUUAAUGACCAAGAAUUUAUAAUUGACACGGUAAGAAGCUAUAGAAUAUCUGGAAUAACACAGAGAGAUUUUUUUUUAAUGAAUUAUAACCUCACUAAACUGAAUUAAUUGGUAAAUUUGCAAUGUGGAGGUGGGCAUGAAAGAGCCGAAUGGUGUUAUUUUAUUAUUUUUUGAGCAUUUAGCUGUUCUCUCAUUUUGUUUGUCUCAAUAUUUCAUUUCCGAUUACAAAAAUGCAGGCAAUAAGUUAUUUUUUGUCGUUAAGUAAUAGAACUCUAUUUACAGAAUGAUACAAUCUAGUGUACAGGAAGUUUACAAGAAAUGCUGGAAGUUUACGGAGAAGUUAUACCAUCAAUUUGAAAUCCUGAGGUACAAAAUGCAGAAUGAAAGCCAAAGGAUAACUGUAGACUUUCUUAAAAAUCUCUUUGGCCCUCUGGUCUCUUGACCACAAAGAAUUAAGAUGGAAAAUCUAGGAUUAGCCUCCUGGACUGCUAUGUAUUGAUUUUAUGAUAAUCUUUUAUGUUUAUCUCGAUUAUUUGCUAUUUAUUUGAUUGCAAUACUUGUUUGGGGGCUAUUAUCUGCACUUGUGUGUCGGAUAUCUGCAACUCACCCUUCUGAAGGUAUCUAAUUUUUUUUUUUUUUUUAUAAAUAAAUUAAUUAUAUUGAUCAAAGAAUGGCAAAGCCAGUUACACAACUCUGAUGCCCUAACUAGUUAGGCACAUUAGAGACAAGAAAAUCAUGAAGGGCCAUGCCAUUAAAAUCCACAGCUAUGGCCCAACUACAAAGAGUCCUGAAGGUAUCUAACUUUGUUCAAAUUUGGGUAGGAGUCACAAUUCAAUUUAAUAGCCUGUUUCGAGGAUUUGGAUAGAAAGGAUAUCAUUGAUGAGAGCAUCGAAGUCUCAUUUUAUAACUUCAGAAUUUGGUUUCUAUGUGAAUCUCAUUCAUCUAGAUUGAAAAUGAUAAAAAAAAACUCACAUCCUCGUUGUUUCCCGAUUGUUUGAGAUAAUGUUAUGAUAUUACCAAUUUCAUACAAGCCAAUAAAAAAACAAUUGUUUGAGAUAAUGUUUCCCGCUCUUUUCUUGUUGUUUACAUAUUGGGCCCCAGAAGUAUUAACAGAAGUGUGUCGGUGCUUUUUUUUAUUUUUUUCCUCU